CUCUCUCUCUCUCUCUCUCUCUCUCUCUCUCUCCCUCUCUCUAGUCUCAUCUGCUUGCCCCUCCUUUGCACCGACGUUCCAAUUCCAAUUCCAGUCCACACCCACUUUCACUUGCUCUUUCCCUGUGGCAACCUUCCUCAGCAAAAAAAGCUUCCGUUCCACUCAACCUCCGUCAUACAGAUAUAAAUUACCCCACCCCCUCACCUCAACCUUCACCUCAGCUCUUCUCUUGCUUUUUUCUUCUCUCCAUCUUACUUCAUCUAUCUUCAUCCUAAGAAUAUCUCAUCUGACUCUCUUUCCUCAACAGAAACUACCAUUUCUUCUACAAUAAUCAAAAUGGCUCCCAUCAAGGUCGGCAUCAACGGUUUCGGUCGUAUCGGCCGUAUCGUCUUCCGCAACGCCGUCGAGCACCCCGACAUCGAGGUUGUUGCUGUCAACGAUCCUUUCAUUGAGCCUCACUACGCCGUCUACAUGCUCAAGUACGACUCUUCCCACGGCAUCUUCAAGGGUGAGGUCGGCAACGAUGGCAACGACCUUGUCGUCAACGGCAAGACUGUCAAGUUCUACUCUGAGCGCGACCCCGCCAACAUCAAGUGGUCCGAGACCGGCGCCGACUACGUCGUCGAGUCUACUGGUGUCUUCACCACCACUGAGAAGGCAAAGGCCCAUCUUGCUGGUGGCGCCAAGAAGGUCAUCAUCUCUGCCCCCUCUGCCGAUGCUCCCAUGUACGUCGUCGGUGUCAACGAGAACAAGUACGAUGGCUCUGCCGACAUCAUCUCCAACGCCUCUUGCACCACCAACUGCCUGGCCCCCCUCGCCAAGGUCAUCAACGACAAGUUUGGUAUCGUUGAGGGCCUCAUGACCACCGUCCACUCCUACACUGCUACCCAGAAGACCGUCGAUGGUCCCUCCGCCAAGGACUGGCGAGGUGGCCGUGGCGCUGCCCAGAACAUCAUCCCCUCCAGCACUGGUGCCGCCAAGGCUGUCGGCAAGGUCAUUCCUGAGCUCAACGGCAAGCUCACUGGCAUGUCCAUGCGUGUCCCUACCGCCAACGUUUCCGUUGUCGAUCUUACCGUCCGCCUCGAGAAGGGUGCUUCUUACGACCAGAUCAAGAAGGUCAUCAAGGAGGCCGCUGAGGGUGACCUCAAGGGCGUUCUGGCCUACACUGAGGACGAUGUUGUCUCCUCCGAUCUCAACGGCAACACCAACUCCUCCAUCUUCGAUGCCAAGGCCGGUAUCUCUCUCAACGACAACUUCGUCAAGCUGGUCUCCUGGUACGACAACGAGUGGGGUUACUCCCGCCGUGUCCUCGACCUCCUGGCCCACGUUGCCAAGGUCGAUGCCUCCAAGUAAGCGUAGAGCGCUCAAGAGGCUGGAAGCAAAACCAAACCUAAUCAGACGCGACAUGAUGACGAUGCCAAUCUGCCGCGUGUUUUAAUGAAGCAAAGAAAUGAAAGGAAGUAAAAAUACCAAAAUUAAGGGAGAUUGUCGGAGGGGAUGACAACAACUUUGUUCUCAUCGGCUCCAGUUCCCUACUAGACAAUUGAUCUUAGUAUAGCCGUGGACAGAAAAAAAAAUAGAUCCAUCCCUCUUGAAAA